GAUGGGUGACGCGGAUACCGGAGAGGUGCUCGAUACAAUGCUGUACAUAUCUCACCACUGCCUCUCUCAAAAUGGGUUGAACAUUCCACUUUCCCACAUUCUGACCAAAGUGCAAGAUUGCAAUUGAAUGCAUCGCCACUCCAGAUCUCCUGCUGCAACUAUGAGCUACCUCGUCAUCGACACCUCAUCCAAGACAAUGUCUCCUUUCGAGCUAGACACAUGGUCUAUCGCUAAAGUAGCACACGACAAACUGGUCAUGGAAGCCGGGUUCCUAGACCACGAUUUAAGAAAGAUAGUUGCGCACGCAACGCUCUACGAUCGCUUACUCGACGAAUAUUACUCCACCAGUCCGCCAUCCAGUCCUCCCAGUCCUCCCAGUCCUACGAAGCUUGCUUUCGAGGAUAUCGUCCAUCAUGGCAUUGUGGUCGUCGAGCACGCGGAGUUGAGUCUCGUGAAGGUGGCGUCUCAUUCGGAUAAUAUGCAUAUGAAUGCGGCGUACGCGAAGGGGAGCUGGGAAGCAAUUUCUAUGAUACCCGUUUGAACGAGGAGGACGUGAAUGUCAUCCACGACGACGGACUCAUGCCAUGGUGUAGAUUGGAUCAAUGUGGAGAUAUGAUGUUCUGGCAUCGAUGCAGCACUGUCCUUCAGAGAUGGUGGACAGCACGACACUACCAUUUCUGCCUGAUCAACGUGGUCACGAUAUUCUAGCAUCGAUGCAGGUCUAUCCUUAAAGGAGGUAAAUAGCACAGCACAGCACAGCA